AUGGACGAUCUCCUAGACCUCAGUUGGUCAGACAACGCCGCAUCAGGAGGCGGGCAGCGCAGCGGCACCGGCAGCGCUUCUGGCAGCCUGCCCGCCAGCGCGGCUCCGUCACGAACAGGAAGCGCGUUCGACCUGCUCUCCAAGCCCGCCGGGGGACCCAACUACUCUCGAACCAGCACCCCGCUGGCUCCCACACCGUCAUACCCGAAUGGUUCUGGCGCCAGCUCUGGCCUCGGCGAUAUGGGCGGACUGGGCGCGUUCGGCAGCGUCGGAGCCAGCCCCAAACCCGCCGGAACACCGAGCGGCUCGUCUGGCCUGAACGGUCUGAAUGGCCUUGGUGGUGGCAUGGGCGCCAUGCGGCCGACAAGCACCGCGAGUCGAUCUGGUGCGGCAUCUCCAGCUGUCACUCCAGCAGCCACGACGACGCCGCCUCCAGCCAGCGACGCGUUCAGCUCCCUCCUCGGCGUGACGUCGUCGACCCUGGGGGGAAAGAACCUGACAAUGGCGGAGCGCCAGGCGCAGCUUGCGGCGAAGAAGCAGGCCGAUGCAGAGCAUCAAAAGGCCCAGUGGGACUGGGACAGCUUUGGUGGUUCUGGUGCGGCACCAGCAGCUGCUGCGGCAGCGCCGAUCAAGGCCACUUCGGCAGCGCCGACUCCUUCCUCGGCGAGCGCCCUGCCAAACAUCGGGCUCAAGCCCACUCCCCCGACUUCGCGACCUGCCAGUGCGGCACGGGCCCCAGUAGCGACCACCACUGGCAAGUCCUCGGCUGGCUCGUUCUGGGAUAACGAUGAUUUCCUGUCUUCCUCGUCAUCCAAGCCAAAGUCCCAGUCCCCUUCCCCGCCCAUCGCUACUCCCCCUGUCGCAAAACCAUCGUCUCCGGCGCCUGCAGCAGUCGCAGACCCGUGGGACUUUGACUCGCUCCCUGUGGCGACACCAAGCUCCCGCAACACGGCCCAAACCGAGAUCGAGUACCCCGCAGACGGUGGGGAUGAAGACGACGACCUGCUGGGCGAGUUGGGGAGGCCCGUGCGCACCAGAGAACCCCCCAAGCAGACGCCGGCACGGAACGACACGAGCACCUCGUCGCGCCGUGCACUCUCUCCCCCACCACACGUAGUGGGCCAGAUUGUCGAGAUGGGUUUCUCGCCUGCGCAAGCACGCACGGCACUCGCCGCUACGCCAACGGGGUUGGACGUACAGGCUGCUCUCGACAGUCUCCUCCAAGCGCAAGGCGCCGCGGCAGGCGAUGACGAAGACCUCGAGAUUGACGACGAGGCUAUUGCGCGCGCCAUGCAAGCUCGCGAGGAUCGGGAAGCGCACGAGCGAGUGGCGAGGCAUGCCGCUCGCCGCGCAGGUCCGAGUCGGGACAGCGUGCGUGCGCGUCCUGAGCGUGAGCGCCCACAACAGCAGGGCCACGAUGGCGAAGACGACGACGAUAUUGGCAAACAGGUCGACCAGGUCAUGGCGCAGGCAUCUGAGAUUGGCGCAUCUGUCCUCUCGAAGGCGACGAGUUUCUGGAACUCGGGCAAGGAGAAGGCUCUCAAGGUCUAUGAGGAGCAGAAGCGUGCGUACGAGCAGCAGCAGGCGCAGACUGCUGGUAAACGCAGGCAGCCUGUCACCGACGGCCGACCGCGAUGGAUGGUCGAGGCUGAGGAGGCCGAGGCUGCUGAGCGCGGUGAGCAGCGUGCCACAGGCGACGGCCCGCGUCGUGGUAACGGUGCUGGUCCCACCCAGAAUGGCGGCGGGUUCGCCGACAGUGCUGCCGGAGGCUUCCGUGACGACUUUGAUGACGAUCACCACGAUGAUGUCCUCCCACCUCGCCCUACGAAGCCGACCGCCAAGCCCACUGCCCCUCAACCUACUCGCGACCAGCCAAAGUCGAACCUAAGCGUCAAGGAGCGCGCCGACCUGCUCUUCGCCGAGGAGCCAAAGCGCUACGUCUCCAAGAACCGUCACAUCACAGGCCGUGGCACGCCCGCUGCCACUCCUGCCCCCGCCCAGGCAACACCGAGGCGACCCGCCACUCCGCUCGUGCAACGUCAGCUCGUGCCUGCCACACCGGCGCAGACAGCAACCGCAGCUCAACACAAGCUCAAGGGUAACGAGCACUUUAAGCUUGGUCGGUUCGCCGAGGCCGACGCGGCAUACACUUUAGCCAUUGGGGCUCUCCCGUCUGGCCACAUUCACCUCGUGACACUGCACAACAACCGUGCAGCUACACGCCUCAAACUGGGUGAAGGUGCUGGGGCAGCUGCAGACUGUACGGCCGCUUUAGACAUCAUCGGACCUGGUUACCACCCAUCCAAGGAAGCUCCCCUUCCGGCAAGUGUUGCCGACGUUAAGCUCGCCGAUGCGCUUGUCAAGGCUACGACAAAACGCGCACAGGCAUGGGAGAUGGCCGAGAAGUGGACCCAGGCUCUGGAGGACUGGCAAAAGGUACUCGGUUUCGAUGCCGGUAUGCUUGGUGCGGCCGCCGGUGCGGGCAGUGUCAAGACGCUCGCGAGCGACGGCACUCGUCGCGCCAAGGCCAUGCUGUCUCCUUCGCCCAGUGCUGGCCCCAGCAGCGCCGGUGCAACGCCGAGCGCCCGCCCUAAACCUGUCUCCAAACCCACCACCCCCAAGCCCUCGCGACCCGUCGACGUCGGCCGAUCCGCCGCUGUCGGCGAGCUGCGCAAGGCCGCCGCCCAAGCUGCAGGGGAGGACGAGGAACGCAUGCAGCUCAAGGACAGCGUGGACGCGCGUCUCAACGCCUGGCGUGGUGGUAAAGAGACCAACCUGCGCGCCCUGGUGGCUUCGCUUGACACCGUCCUGUGGGACGGUAUUCUCGCUGGCGGCCUCAAGGUCGGCAUGCACGAGCUCAUUACCGAGAAGCAGGUCAAGAUCAAGUACAUGAAGGUCAUUGCCAGGUUGCAUCCCGACAAGCUCAAGACAAGCGACACGACCGUUGAGCAGAGAAUGCUGGCGAAUGGCGCAUUUGGGACGUUGAACGAGGCGUGGGCAGCCUUCAAUGGCUCAUCAUAG